AUGCUCGGCUUGAAAUCGUUCGCCGUCGUCUGCCUCGCUGCUGUCGGUGUUUUCGCCGCAGAUGCUGUUGAAAAACGUGAGGAAAAGCCAACGCUUGUUGCUCGCGCUGGUACCCCGAGCUCGACUGGUACUCACAACGGGUACUACUACUCUGUGACCUGGUCCGGAAACGGUAACUGGGUCGGUGGGAAGGGAUGGAAUCCUGGAUCCACUCGUGUCAUCUCGUACACGGCAGACUAUCGUCCAAACGGCAACAGCUACCUCGCUGUUUACGGAUGGACGACGAGCCCACUCAUCGAGUAUUACGUCGUUGAGAGCUACGGCACGUAUAAUCCGGCAAGCGCCGCCUCGAAGAAGGGCACGGUCAGCUCUGACGGUGGAACCUACGAUGUCCUCACGACCCAGCGUGUCAACCAACCUUCUAUCCAAGGAACUGCGACCUUCACCCAGUUCUGGUCCGUCCGUCAAUCUCACCGAACCAGCGGCUCUGUCACCAUGCGCAAUCACUUCAAUGCUUGGAGUAGCUAUGGCAUGACUAUUGGUACUCACAACUACCAGAUCAUGGCCACCGAGGGCUACUUCAGCAGCGGUAGUGCGACUGUCACCGUCAGCGAGGGUUCGAGCCAGCAGACGUCCCAGCAGCAGACAUCCCAGCAACAAACCUCUCAGCAGCAGACCAGCAGCCAAAACAAUGGUGGAACCUGCGCCGCCAAGUGGGGACAGUGCGGUGGUCAGGGAUACAGUGGACCUACCUGCUGCCAGAGCGGUUCGACUUGCAAGUACUCGAACCAGUGGUACUCUCAGUGCCUCUAA